UACGUAUUCUUUACAAAUUCUCUUGAUUUGCAAUAUUACCCAAAUUAUACAUUCCUCAAAUAUGCUUGAUUAUACACAUUGGUUUAAAAUCUAAUCGUAAUAUAUAAAAUAUUUUUUGUUUUCUUUGUAAAGUUGGGAAAAUCCAAAUACAAUGAACUCAAUGAUGUGUGUUAUGAUGUCGUGAGUCAUUAGAGAUAAGGAUUCCAAUAUUUGUCAAAACCAGUCGACUGGCGAGUGGCUGUGCGAGUCAGUCGAGAAGUGUCUUUAGAGCAAAGUCUUUAGUGCGGCGCAGUGAGUUAAUGUAAAAUUAAGUGAUCAGUGAUGUUCAACCCGAAUGAUUUUAAUGAGGACGAGUUCAAGGAGCACGAGUUCGUGGCGGUGACGCACAGGCCGAUUUGGAUAAUGCAGCUGGUGGUGGGGCUGGUGGUGCUGGUGGGCGUGCUGGUGGUGCUGGCGCUCAUCUGUCGCUGCUGCUGCCGGAGCGGCUCGCGCGGCCGCGUCAUUGCGCCGCCGCCGCUCAACGAGGACGGCACCGCGCCUUACCCGCAGCAGCAGUACACCGCCGCGCUCUACCCCGCACAAACGGUGACAGUAUUACACACGGGCACGGCGGCCUACCCGGCGGCUGGCGCGGCCCCGUACCCCAGCGCGGCCCCUUACCCCAGCGCGGCCCCGUACCCGAGCGCGGCCCCGUACCCCGCGGCAGCCCCGUACCCCGCGGCGGCCCCCUACCCCGCCGGAGCGCCCUACCCGACGGGGGCGCCCUACCCGACGUCGUCGCCCUACCCGCCUGCGCCGAGCGCGCCCGACGCUAACGCGUGCCCGCCGUCCUACGACCAGGUGAUGGGCACCAAGCAGCCGCCGUACAACCCGCACGCGCCGCAGUAAGCUGUCUCUCUCGCACACUACGAGAGCUCCCUAUGAGAGAGACACAACACAUGUCGGUCGGGACCCUCCACGCGCGUGACGUCACUCUGGAACCGUGUCGGACAUGAGUGACGUGUGACACAGAGUGCUAGUCGGGAGGGCCCAUUACUGUGUGAAGACAUACUCCUAUUGUUUUAUACGAAUUUAUGAUUUAUCAAUUUGCUUACGAAACAAAGUAUUUCCGAAUUGUUUUUUGCGGGACCUGACCCCGUCAACUAUCAAUACAGAUUUAUAUUUUUUUGAUAAUUUAUCAUAAUCAAUGUAAUAAGUGAUAUAGAUCUCAAAGUUUAAUUCUUAUUGUUAUAAUUUUAUCUACAUACAAUGUAAUUCAUGUGUUAGAAAAUUAAAUCAAUUAUUUCCGCUGAAGCUGCACCAACUCGAGUCAGUGUUUUUCCGAUACUCUGAACUAGAAUUAAUAAAACCGACUGAUUGCCUCGCAGUUGGUGCAACUCUAGUGAAUAGUUGUAAUUUACGAGUACAUACUUGAUACAUAGCUGUACCUGGCAGUGUUUGAGAGUCGAUCAGAUUCCACGUGAGUAGUGCUGUCCCACGUGACUGUAACUGUAAGGUUGUCAGACAUGCUCAGUUUUGUGUAGACUCCCGAGAGUAGCGCGAGCCUGGCGAGUGACUGUACCUGUACUUAACUAGUGUAGUAUCAUCUGUUACGUACUGUAGUGUGUGCGACUGUGCGACUGUGCGACUGCUGUUGUCUUCCCUGUUCCGCAUGUAUGCAGUACUUUACAACGCCCUCGAGGCAUUUCUUAAACAAUUUAUAUUUACAUCUGAGUGUCUAUAAUAUUCAAGUAUAAUAGGUUAUCGAAAUGAAUGGAAACUAUAAAAGACAAAAUUGGGAAAGACGAGUCGCGUGUACUGAACCG